CUUUCACUCUCUCUUCGGCUCUUCACACUCCCAGUCCUACAAAAUCCCAAAACUAAGAUAGAGCAACACAAAACCCUCAUUCCCUCUCACUGUGCACAGUCUCUCUCUACAAAUUCAAAAUGGCACUCUCCUCCGGCAUUCUCUCCACCUUCAUGUCCGCCGAGACGGCGCCGCUACUCAAGUCUUCAUCGUCCCCAGCCCUCUGCCUCCCUCGACUUCGUUCUAACCUGCGGAUGGUGCGCACCUUAACCUACGCCACCGCUUCCAAGAUGGCCACUGGAGAGCGCCAGCCUCGAGGCAUAAUGAAGCCACGCCGCGUCUCCCCUGAAAUGCAAGCUGUCGUUGGCGCUCCUGAAAUUUCUCGCACUCAGGCUCUCAAGCGAAUUUGGGCUCAUAUUAAGGAAAACAAUCUCCAGGAUCCUGAAAACAAGAAGAUUAUAGUUUGUGACGAGAAGCUGAAGAAGAUUUUUGGCGGAAAAGAUAGGGUUGGGUUUCUUGAGAUUGCAGGAUUGAUUAGUCCCCAUUUCCUUAAAUGAAUGUAAGUUGAAAGGAUAUGUCUUUGUCUGGGAAAGUUGAAGUGAAAGCUAUAGCCCUGCAUUCUGCGUUUUGGUAGUGUUCUUAGGGCCCUUAGUAACUGCAUACAGGAGUAGAUCUAUUUAUCUUCUUGUGUUACUUUUGUAAUGUCAGGCCUCUUAUGAUGAUAUUAGUUGCUGUCAGCUUAUUUUGUUGGAAA